AACCAGAGUCCAUUCCACAACUCUGACGUGUGCUCGUCCAAGACAAUCGAGUCGCUUGUACACGGCAGACGUGAGACGGACGCCGCGUGCCAGCUCACUGUCAUUUCCCAUGAUGCACUCCGGUAGCUGGAAGUCGUCCACAUUCUCGGGCAGGCGGGAAUUCUUCUGCUUUUCCUUUUGCAUUCUGUGUGCUUUGGCAUUUCUCAGGGCAAAAACCUCAAAUUUGUGGACGCUCCUCACAUCUGCUUCCCAUUACGCACGCUCGACUUUCCCAGCGUUCAGACUUUUCUCUCCUCCUCCUGUGUCUUUUUCUUUCUUUUGGUCUGUCAGAAACAUGCCAUAGUUUCUUUUCUGGAACCAAAGAGUCCGGCCUGUGCUGCUCUUCAACCUGAGAGGAAAGAAAAUCAACAAGGAAGAAUUUGGAAACACAAAUCAUGCGUUACAACAGCAACCUUGGGACCCUUCGCACCCACUCGGGGCAGCACCCCGCCUCCUGGAACUCGAUACCCGACAUGUUGAAAUCCGCACAAAAGAACAUUACAAUCUGUCAAUAUGCUCCUCGCUUGUACAAAACGGAUUGAGCGCAAGGCCAGAAAGACAAAAAGGGGGAUGAUCGGGCCAAAUUGGACCAGAUUUCGCAGCAAAGACAUCUCUGAGGAUGAUCCUUAGCGAUUAUCCUGUGGUGCGGGUUGUGUUAAGUGGUCUAUCCUUCUCGAUGUGUUCCGAAAACGCUGACUGAUCGAGACGAGCUUGUGGUAGAAACAAAUCGACAGCACAAUUUGCUCAAAAAGGACAAAACAACACCAGAAAAGACAGCUGACUUGAAUUCAUUAGAAAAAGGCAAAUCUUGAACUGGUUAGACGAGGACAAAUCUCGACAAGAAUUUGUUUGAAAAUGAUAACUCGAGAGCCAAAUUUGUUCGGAAAGGACAAAAUGUGAGCGCGACGCCAACUGAAGUGGAGUUACCACAUACGCUGACAGCUAGCCGAGAUUCUUUGUCUUCUUCUCCUCUUUGUUGUAUUUUCUGCCAAUCUGCGUGCCGCCGCUCACAGGCAUCAGAGGCCAUGGAGGACUGCGUACAGGGGGCGCUCUCAUCCCUUUACCCACCCUUCGAAAGCACCGCGCCUCCUCUCCUCUCGCAGCAGGUGUUCACCGUACUGGAGUCCACCUACCAGCAGGACAGCCUUCGCUACCUCCUGGACUACUUUGUGCCCGCCAAGCACCUCCUUCACAAGCUCCAGCAGCACGCCUGUUCUCAGUACCUGGGCUGCCUCUUCCUCCACUCUGGCUGGCCGCUGUGCCUCGGCGACAAAGUGGUGGUCCAGCUCUCCACCCUGGACUGGAGGCUCCUGCGCUGCAAUGACUUCUACCUGCAGGUGGUACCCUUCUCUACACGCUGUCCCCGGCUGGCGCUCAAGUGUCUGGCCCCCGGGGGGCGCACUGUUCAGGAAAUUCUGGUGCCCGAGUCCCAGCAUCCUCUUGUGUUCACGAGCGAGUGGCUGCACAGCAUCAACAAAGAACGGGGCCACAGGAGGGAAGCAGGCGGUGGUCUCGACACCUGCUUGGUGAGCACGUGUGACGGUGUCCUGCGCCUUCCCUGGAAGGAGGUCGUCUACCCCGAAUUUAUCCACGACCCGUCCGAGGAACCCGGCCCGACCUCCGACCCCGAGGCCGACAUGUCCAAGGGCGCUCUGCCCGAGGGGCGGAGCAAAGACUCCAGGGGCUGGGCUGAGGAGGAGGAGGAAGAUGACGACCUGCUGCUGGACGGCGUGGCCUCGGAGCCUGCGCUUCCCCGGCGGAGGCGCAGCGAAGACGGGCUCGGCCGGGCUGUGAGACGUCCUGGGCUCGGGGGAGAUUAUGUGGAGCUGUUGGAGCCAAGAGGAGGACCGGAUGGAGGUGUUGACCCGAGACACGGGUACCUGGAGAUGCACGGCAUAUGCAAAACCAAGACUUUGCCUCUUUGGAAGAGGGGUAAGGCCAUCAAACUGCAGAGGGGAAAGCUAGCGGGAUGUGGCCGAACGGACGGCUUUGUCAGCUCUGGUGGGAUCUCCGGAACCCAAGCGAAUUUGGAGGAGCCAGUGCUAGGGCUUUGGCCUCCUCCAGGAGUCACCCAAUCUUUGUCGUCUUCGGCCCAGGGCAACGACGAUGACGGUGAUAUAACCGAGCGAAACGCCGAGAGCCAGGGAAGCCACCCAUUUAAAGAAAGGCGGCCCGGUGUUGGGGGAGAGGGGGAGAUGAACAGGGUGACGCAGCAAAGAAGAGAAGACACUCGGAGCGCUCGGCUCCCCGUCGAGCUCCCCGACACCGUCGGGCAUGUUGUCGAGGGCCGCUCCGAUCAGGAGUCCCGUUCGGAGUCUGUUUUGGAGAAUACAGACAAACCACCGAGUGACCACGGUGAUGCUACAACACCGACAUGGGAUGCGCCAGACAAAACCUUUGCUGCCGUGGCUAGCAAUAACGCGACGGACGGCAAUAGCGCGAAGGAUCGCAAUAGCGUGACGGCCGACCAAACGAGGGAUGGUGGUAAAAAGAAGACUCAAGAGUUCCUGAGAGAAAAGGAAAUCAAAGCUUCUGGAUUCAGAGCUCCGAGGAGGAAGAGGAGGGGGAGGGGCGCCAAAGGGCGGGCUCGCUCUGGCGGCGGUGCGUCCCGCGGGAGCUCCAAACCGCAGUGGAAAGCUCCUCCUCAUCUGGGCUCCACUUCCUGCUCUGGCUCGACACAACGGCCAAUCGCAGAGGAGCGCUGUUCGGAAGCGUCGUCCGAUGGGGAGUGCCCGUCCGAGAGCGGUACGACCAGCAGCGCAGAGGCGGAACCUUUGCCCAUCUGCAACGGCCAAUCAGCCGCCUUCAUCCCCUUCAAUGAGGAGGCGCAGUCAGGCCGUUCGGGUAAAGAGGCUCCUUUGCUGCGGGAAUUGGACCCAGAGCUCCUCCGGUCGGGGCAGCUGAGGAUGACCGGGACGGUGGACAGAUUGGGAUGCGCUCUGGUCGUGGCACAGGCGGGAGAUUCCGGCAGCGGCGAGGAGAUGUCUCGCAUCCUGGCCUGCUACCACAGGAUGGCACGGCCUGCGACCAAAGAGAAAGGUCUGACGGUGUUGAUCGACAGCAGAUGCUCGCCGCCGUCCUCGCGCUGCCUCUCCGCACUCAGGUCGUUCCAGCGGCUGGUUCCUGGCGGUCUCGCAGCAGUGUUGGUUUUGGUGGAGGAACAGCAGCCUUCUUGUGACCUGGAGGGAACAGAGGUCCACGUGGUGCGAGGAACAGCGGUCCUUGAGCAGUUUGUAGACAGGCAACAGCUGCCCACAGAGAUGGGGGGCGACUUCAGCCACUGCCACUCAGACUGGCUCUCCUUCAGGAUGAGCUUAGAGAGCCUGACCGAGCGCUGCGAGAGCGCCCUCCUUUUGCUGGGAGAAGCGAUGCAGUCGAUGGACGCCGAGCCGACUGUCGACAACAUCGAGGAGGUUCCGGCGAGCGCGGACAAGCAUCGGCGCCUCAUGGCCGGCGUCCUCGCCGACUGCCGCUUGACUGAGCUCCAGCGAGGGGGCGGGGCCUGGCUGGCGGGAUUGACCAACAGCGCGUGCGGGUUGGCGCGGACGUCUCACGAUUGCAGGGCUGCGCUCGCCGCUGCCGCCAGACUUUAUGACAGUGUGGACGACGCCCUCCAUUGUCUGGUACGAGUGUCCAACCGGAGGGCUCGCGACCUGGACGCGCUGAGCAGACUGGCCGGCCUGGCGGACGAGCUGGAAAAGUGUGACGAGGAGGUGGAGCGAGUACAGUUGCAGACGGACGCCUACAAGGACCCGCCUCUCUCGCUGAGCAGGCUGUCGCUCCAGCAGCAGAAGUUCAAAACGCUGCGAGAAACGGCAAAUGAGCUUCACAGCCGGACUCUCUCUGUGCUCACCGACCUGGAGACCUGGAGCGAGUUGGACUGGGCGGGCCUGAACGACAUCCAGGUCCGACUGCCUCCGGUCAGGGAACGUCUGCGGGACAUGGCCCACUCUCUGUCCGACCGCUGGGCCGCCCUGGACAACACGCAGCGGCUGCUGUCCACUCUGACCGAGGCCUCCCAGUGGUGCGACGAAGUGUCCUCCGCCUCCCCGUCCGCCUCCUCCCCCGUCUGCCCCCUAGCUUCCCUCCCCCCCAUUCCGCCAUCCCGUUUCCAGGACGCCCGCUCGUUGGCUGUGGACUUGGGCGGCGGAGCGCUGCUGGAUCUCUGGAGCCGCACCGUGGAGCGCUACCAGCAGACGGUAGCGCAGGUGAAGCCGCGCUUCCUUCAGUCCGAGCGAGCCCAAAACCAAGGACAGGGGAAGGCCAAGACGCCCGUCGCCGGUAACCCGUGGGACCCGGAGGCAGAGGGCGACUGGGGCCCGGGGGCCGCAGGAGGCGAGGGGGGGCUGCAGUCCUGGGGGUCUCUGGCCUCGCUGUUCAGACCGCAGAUCUGCUCCACGCUGAAGAUAGAUGAGCGGGGGGGCAAAAAAGAGGGGGCAGUGGGCGGAGGGAAGUUUCUGCAGAACCUUUUGAAGAAGAGUCCCACAGAGGCACCCCUCCCUCCCAAGCCCCCCAGGAAGAGACACCCCAGUUUUGACCUGCAGGCCCUCUUGGCCCCUCGCAGAGGUGCCGGCACCCCCAAACCCACCGAGUGCCGUACCUCCCCCAAAUCCUGGCUGGGCCGCCGGGCCCUCGCGGACCCCGCGGUCACCACCGGCGUGGCCGCCGCCAUCCGAGGAGGAGGAGGGGUCUUGAUCAGGGGCGUGGAGGUCAGCAGCAAGGAGGUGGUGGACCACACCGGGUCUCCGCGGCAACAUGUGCUGCGGGGCAGGAGCGAGAGGGAAAUGGGGACGGAACGGGCCGGAUCUACGGCGCAGAGCAAAUCCUACCUGCUCUGGUGCAGGAUGCUGAGCAGCGAGCGGCAGUACGUGUCCGUUCUCAAGGGGGCGCAGGAGACCUAUCUCCCCCUGCUGCAGCUCUUGGACACGCCGGCCUCCCUGCGGGGGAAGGCGGACGCCCUGUUCCCCUGCUGGGCGGCCCUGAGUGCCUUCCACUCGCAGGAACUUCUGCCCGCCAUGGAGGACGCGCUGGUGCAAAGCUUGCUGCAGCAGGACUGCUUCAGUAAAUAUCGGGACCACUUCCUGCACUAUUCCAAUUACAUCCGGACCAAACCGGAACUGGAUUCGCCGCUGGUCACGCAAGCUGCGGACUUCUUUAAAUCCAAACUCCCCGCGACCGCCGCCUCCCCCUUGUCGCCUCUGUGCUUCCCUCAGUGCCUGCAGGCGCCCCCCGAGAGGCUGGAGCAGUACUGCGAGGCCCUGGAGGAGCUGGGCGGUAUCAACCCAACCUCUGACUCCACCCUCUGCGUCCUGAGACACGCCCAGCAACACGGCGAGGACCUGAGGGCCGGCGACCUCAUCGUCGGCUGUCCGAUUCCUGUGGCGCAGCGCGGCGAGCUGGUGCGUCAGGGCGAGCUGACGGUGUGCGGCGGCGGCACCCGGCGGAAGCGCGUGGGUGUGAGGAGGGUCUUCCUCUACCAACACGCCAUCAUCUUCACCAAACACAAGAGCGGAGGAGGCAGCGGUGGCGCUGGACCGGGACGCUCGGCCUACAACUACAAACACAGCAUGAAGACGGCCGACAUGGGCCUGACGCAGAGCGUGGGCGAGGAUGGCGUCAAAUUCGAGGUUUGGGUGCGACAGGCUCCUCGCCUCAGAGACUGCGUCACGCUGCAGGCUCGGGACGGAGAGCAGCGCAAGGCGUGGACUCGGGACGUCGCCCGCCUGCUGUGGACGCACGCCAUCAACAGCACAGGGUCAGUCGCCCUCAACGGCCGUGUAGCCGUCACGGCGCGCCCGGGAAGUCACGCGUCUUCGGAAGCCGAACAGCAAAUGGUGGCCGACGGCUUUCGUUCCGUCAGGAAGCGAAAGCCUCCGCGUGGACGGAGCCCGCGAAAGGGAAGAGCCGGACGCCGUCUCGGAUAUGCCAGAGUCGCCGAGGGUUCCCGAGCCGGUGACGGCAACAAAGCGGGCGUCGUGUGCCGACGAAGCGACCGCCGACGUCACGUGACCCGGGCAUCCGAAGUGGCGCGUGAGACUUUGUUUUUUUCUAUCACCCACAAGAGGCAUCUUCAGCAUCAUCAUCAUCAUCAUCAUCAUCAUCACGGAUCUUUUUCUCUUGUACCACAUGCUUCGACACUUUUCUCGGACAUUAAAACUGGAUGUAAACUAACACCUGUGCGUGUGUUGGGGCGCGGGGGGGGGGGGGGGGGGGGGGGGCGUGCGCGCGCGCAUGUCAAGUCAGAAAGGUCACAUGAUCAUUUGAAGAGAAAUGUGUGAGAUUUUUGGGGGGCA